AUCGAGAAUUAAUACGCACACAACAACUGCAGCAGCUAGACAAUAAUAAUUAAGCCACUACUACUAUACAGAGACAUCGAUGAGGAAGCAGUUAGUGGUGGUGUUGGCUUUGCUGGUGGCAGCAGCAGCAGCCAUGGCGAUGGCUGAUGAGGAGGACGUGACAUUGACGGACAAGGACCUGGAGACGGAGGAGAGCAUGUGGAGCCUGUACGAGAGAUGGCGCGCCGUGUACGCGCCGUCGCGGGACCUCUCCGACAUGGAGAGCAGGUUCGAGGUGUUCAAGGCGAACGCCAGGUAUAUCCACGAGUUCAACCAGAAGUCGAAGGGCAUGUCCUACGUGCUCGGCCUCAACAAGUUCUCCGACCUCACCUACGAGGAGUUCGCCGCCAAAUACACCGGCGUCAAGGUGGACGCCUCCGCCUUCGCUACUGCUACGACUUCCUCUCCCGACGAGGAGCUCCCCGUCGGCGUGCCCCCGGCGACGUGGGAUUGGAGACUGAAUGGCGCCGUGACUGACGUCAAGGACCAAGGACAGUGUGGGAGCUGCUGGGUGUUCUCGGCGGUGGGGGCGGUGGAGGGGAUCAACGCGAUCAUGACGGGGAACCUGUUGACGCUGUCGGAGCAGCAGGUGCUCGACUGCUCCAACACCGGCGACUGCCUCAAGGGCGGGGAUCCUAGGGCGGCACUGCAGUACAUCGUCAAGAACGGGGUCACCUUGGACCAAUGCGGCAAGCUUCCCUACUACCCAGGUUACGAAGCCAAGAAGCUGGCCUGCAGGACGGUGGCAGGGAAGCCGCCGAUCGUGAAGGUGGACGCCGUGAAGCCGGUUGCCAACACCGAGGCCGCCCUGCUGCUCAAAGUCUUCCAACAGCCCAUCUCCGUGGGAAUCGACGCCAGUGCCGACUUGCAACACUACAAAAAGGGUGUAUUCACUGGUCGUUGCAAGACGGCGCCCUUGAACCAUGGCGUGGUGGUGGUGGGUUAUGGUGUGAAUACUACCCCGGACAAGACAAAAUACUGGAUCGUUAAGAACUCGUGGGGCAAAGGCUGGGGCGAGGGUGGCUACAUCCGUAUGAAGCGUGACGUGGGAACCCCGGGGGGUCUAUGUGGCAUCACCACGUAUGCCACAUACGUUACAAAGAAGUGUCCUUGCCCCGCAAACCCUCCCACUAUCAUCGCCUCCUACUAACCGACCGAACCAAUACAGAUCAUAUAGCUCCACUCACAUACACAUGCAUAAUAAGUACACGUGUUGUCACCUUUCUUGAGUACUCAAAUGUGUGUCGUAACUAUGGUUACCUAUGGUACACCCAUGUGCUUAAGUAAAUAAAUAAUGGUAUAUAUUAAGCACACGCGCAUGUGUACAAAGACAUGCAUAAACUAUAAUAAAAAGGAGUUUGUGAAUCGGUCAAGUUUGAAUAAAUCAAUACAUCAGUGUAUGCAUGCCUGUGUGCGUUGGUGUGCUUGAUAUGAAGAAAUAAAAGUUCUCGUUAUU